CCUGUCCAACGCUCAUCUAGGGGAAGGAUAGAAGUAGAGAGAAACACCAGUCCGCCAGCGGAUUGCUUAGCCAGCGAUGCGAGGAGAGACAUAUAGCCAGCGAAGGUAAUGACCUUGCGCCCACUGCUAGCGCAACUUCGAGUUUGAGCACAUACACAUUCACAAAUCUCAAGCACUUGGAUAAACUAGAGCAACCACUUUUAUAGCUGAACCUGGAACAAGCAUUCCUCACCCUUUGAACGGUGACGGGUUUGGUCCGCGUUUACAACAAUCGAAUAUACACUUCCUUAAUAUUCCCAACAUCGAUAUGGCACAAGAUUUCUGUCAGCUACCCAGUUCUAAUAGCGCAUUUUGGCUGGAUGACUCUGAUGUCUCUUGGGGUACAGAAGCCUUUGAUACGAGCAUAUCAGUUCUUGGUAACACGUCUUCGUCUUCGUUACAGAACAUGUCAUUGCUCCUGGGGGAAUACUUUGAUCGGGAGUCUGGUGCACCAUCGCCUGCAUACAAUAAAGUAGAGUCCAUGUGGUUCUCAAAACCACCCAAGCUCCAAGAUCACGAUGUAGAUGUCCUCAACGUGUUCUUAAAUCUGUUUUACAGACACAUGCCUAAGACAUUUCCCCUCUUUGAGAUGUCCAGAAUCACGAAUCAAAACAAAUCAUACUAUAUACUAGCUCUAGAUGCGGUUGGAGGUCUAUUUUGCUCUGUAAAUGGAAGCUUUGAAAUUGUAAAAGUCAAAACUGCGAAGCCGUUUAAUGCUGCCACCCUCGACCGAGAGGAGAAUUUGACUGUCGUCAAGACUGCCGUGCGAGAGUACAGCGAGCUGUCUCAAUUUACCCUUCGGUCACCUCGCAGUGAAGCCGAGAAUGUUCAGGUGGUUCUCAUGCAAUCCCGACCAUCCCUCUCCUGGCGUCACGCGGAGUCCUUUUGUCAAAACCCCACCCGUGGCGACUCUAUGGAUCGUCUGCAGAACCUUGUGAACUCUUUUACCUACUCCGGAUACCCUAUCAUUCCUGCGAACAUAGAUAUUUACAAUCUCGGUAGCCUAGCAGUUUUAGCAGCCUUCUCAUGGCCCAUAAUGCCUUCCGCUCUCGACAACUACGAACCCAGCUCGUCGAUUUGGAAGACUGACUUUGUGGAUCUCGCUUGUGAUGCCUGGCUUCGAGCACAGCCAGCGGAUAUUAAAGUAUCGUCACUAGUGCUUUAUCACACCAUGAAUAUUGCUUCUCACGCAAACUUCGACCCUCUUCAGAAUUUGGCACAUUCUCCGCAGGGCUCUGCAGCAUCGGAAAAAUGCGAGAAGACAUCUGAAUCGACAAUCAACACUUGGGUACGUAGCAGGCAUUAUGACAUUGCGCGCUGGCAUGCCGAGAGCUUGAUCGAUUGUACGGAGAAAGCCAUUACAGCUUCUAUGAAAGAGGGCGCGUCUCGAAACCAGCAUGGCCGGAUAGCACCUCCAUCUACCAAUAUCGAGCGAUCGCUAGUCGUGACUGAGGCACCUCAUAUUCCCUACGCCAUCUACUACGCUACCCUGAUUCUCUGGUGUGGUGAUAUUUUGUUGGAUGAUAACCGUAUGGCAGGCGUUUCCCAUCUUGCGCGAGGAGGUCAUGUUCUGUCUCGUUGUAGAGUGCGCAUUGUGCAGGCGCAGCUACUUGAAAGGGUUCUCAAAGAGGUUAAAAUGUGA